AUGGGAUCUCAGCUUUCUGUUGAGCAGCAAGACAUAGGGGAUGAGGUGUGUGCUGCUAUUACUCAGUGUUUUGAAACUAGUAAUUUCCCUACUGAGCUCCAUGAAACAACCUUAUCUUUGAUUCCUAAGGUAGCUAACCCCUCACGGGCUGUUGACUAUAGACCCAUAGCCUGCUGCUCUACAUUGUACAAGUGUAUGGAGAAAUUGAUUUGUAAGAGACUGGCCGAUAUUCUCCCCGAUCUUGUACAGCCCAAUCAGGGAGCAUUUGUCAAAGGUCGCUCUAUUGCCCAUAAUAUUAUGAUUUUUCAAGAUCUCAUCAAAAACUAUGGGAGGACUUCUACUUCAUCGAGAUGUGCUAUCAAGAUAGAUCUUAGUAAGGCCUAUGACACGGUAGAUUGGGAUUUUCUUGAGGACCUGUUAAAAGCUCUUAGAUUUCCUAUGAAAUUCAUAGGUUGGGUCAUGUCUUGUGUUAGGAAUACUUCCUAUUUUCUUCUGAUGAAUGGCAGAAUUCAAGGCAAAUUUAAAGGUGGGAAAGGGCUGAGACAAGAUGUUGCAUAUGUUUCAAAAAAGGUUGCAGCUGAGGUUAAAGAGGUUGCAUACAUUGCUAAAAAGUUGUAUUUUUAUGGGGCAUGGUGCAAAAUGACCCUUAAUGUUGUGUGA